AUGACUUCCACCAACGAUCCCAACUAUAACAACGACGACGACCUUAUUCGUCUACUCGAGUUACAACGACGCGAAUACCAACGCUUUUAUGAAGGCGGUGAGACCUUUGACCUUGACGAUAUCGAUCGUGAAGAAGAAGACCGUCAUCGUGGUCUUAAACGUCCUCCUGUACCCGACAUGCGCUUCGAGCCUCAAUUCAAUAAUACCAUUGCAGCAUUACAAAAGAGUGGGGCAUCGCCAACCAAAAUCUUUGUCCAUGGUGUCAUUAUCAACCAGUUUAUUAUGCCUUUCAUCAAUGGUUUUAGCUGGUGUCUUGCGUCACAUCUUUGGCAGUGGUGGCGUGUACGAUCCAAGUUACCCCGUCCAGCAUCAUCAUCAUCAUCAUCAUCAUCUUUUCUAAGAGGACUCAAGUAUGGUAUCGCGAAAUGGUUUAGAAAUGCUUAUGCAACGUUUGUGCAUCUUCCCGCUUUGACCACCGAGCCUGCUGCCGCUUAUCAACAACACAGUUAUUAA